GUGUUUGAUAGAUUGUGCGCAUCUUCUAAUGACAUGGCGGACAUUAUUCUAUUUCGUCUUGCGUGCACGAAACACAUAUCCAUAUAGAAGCCAGUAAUUAAUCGAAUAAAAUGGGCCAUUCGUGUGCAGGAAAAUUAAUAGCUACAUCUGAUCUCAAAUCUAAGAUAUAUUAAGUCAAUUUCUUUGUAAGAGAAUUAUAUAUCCAGAUUGAUGGUUCUAAUCAUCCGUAACAACCGUAUACUUACUAGCCGGCAUCCUAGAAUUAAAAGACUUUUCUCUUAUAUGGAUAAAAAUCAACAGAAAGUAAAUCAAAAAGAAAGUUCGUUUGAUCAGAACAAAGAUCAAGGACCAGUUAUGACUUUUGUAGCUAUAUUGGCGAAAUUGUUCUUAUACAGCAUUGCUAUGUUUACUCUACCAUUUGCUGCAUUUUUUGGAGUACAGCAUAUUAUGAAGGUUGAAUUUCACAUAGAUAGAUUCAUAACAAAUUGCAUUUCUGUGUUUGCUGCAGUAAUUACAGUAAAUUUAAUAAUAGCUUGUUAUGUUUAUCAGGCACUUCAUGAGCCUGAUAAUGCUAGUGAGAUCAAAGCAAUUGCAGAUCAACCUUCUAAAGAUAGUUUAAAUGAAAAAAUUGAUUAGAUAUUAAAACAAAUGUAUUUAUUCUGCAU